CAGCACAAAGACAGAAGCAGAGUGUGAGUGCUCCACGCGAAGCUCUGCUGCUUGACGGUCAGCACCCAAGAGAUGCGACGGCUCGCAGGGUGCCGCUUCAGCAGGAGCAAGCUGUAGGCAGCGAUGGGCGGCAGCAGCGGCACGCAUGCUGGAGCAGAGGGUCCCGACGUGCCUUCCCUCCCCUUGGGCCCCAGCGGUUACUGUGAGGCUCAGCUGAGGAGCCGUGGAGAAUGAGUGGGGCUGCGUUCCCAUCUCCAGCUGCCGAGAUGGCAGAAAUUAAUCGCCUUCAGUAUGAAAUGGAAUACACCGAAGGAAUCAGUCAGCGCAUGAGGGUCCCAGAAAAACUCAAAGUAGCUCCUCAAAAUGCUGACCUUGAGAAGGGCAUCCAAGAAGGAUUUCCAAAUGCCAGUGUAACUAUGCAGGUUCCAGAGCGGAUUGUAGUGGCAGGUAGUAGUGAAGACAUUCCAUUUUCCAGACCACCAGACCUUGACCUUCUUCAGUCUACUCCAUUCAAACCACUGGCAUUGAAAACUCCUCCCCGUGUUAUUUCUCUUAGUGAUCGACCGCUAGACUUUUUGGACCUAGAAAAACCUCCACAGCAGACACCUCAAAGUGAAGAGGUCCGCUCAGUGGGAAGACUGAAGAGAGAACGUUCCAUGAGCGAAAACGCCACUCGACAGAACGGCCAGCUGGCCCGAAAUGAUUCCAUGUGGCACAGAUCAGAUACUGUCCCAAGAAAUAAAAUGCCACGGUUCCAGUCACCUGUUUCGACUAAGGAUUGCACUGUGACACCGUCACUGCAACAGGCUCGUGUCUGUCCUCCCAAUAUGUUACCUGAAGAUGGAACUAAUCUUUACUCUGCUCGUGGCAUUUUGUCGUUUAUCCAGUCUUCCACUCGUAGGGCUUACCAGCAGGUCUUGGAUGUGCUGGAUGAAAACCGCAGGCCAGUGUUACGUGGUGGGUCAGCUGCUACCACUUCCUCUAACCCUCAUCAUGACAACACCAGGUAUGGUCUUUCCAACUUGGAUACUACGCUUGAGGGAACACCGGAUGACAUGACAGUGGUAGAUGCUGCUUCCUUAAGACGACAGAUAAUCAAACUUAAUCGCCGUCUACAACUUCUGGAAGAAGAAAACAAAGAGCGUGCUAAAAGGGAAAUGAUCAUGUAUUCAAUUACUGUAGCUUUCUGGCUACUCAAUAGCUGGCUUUGGUUUCGGCGCUAGACACAGCUCUCGGAAAGAUUUAAUAGUUGAAAAUACAAACAAUUUGCAAAAUUCUUCGUUUCUGUUUCUGAAUUGUAUGCUGUUUUAUAAUUCAUACACUGGAGACUUCCACCAGAGAUAAAGGCCAUAGAAUCGCGGUGUGAAAGGCACACCUUGUUGUUCAGUUAUAGCCUAUUUAAUAGAUUUGCAUUGCAAAUACUUGCAGUAUCCUCCUUUGCAUGCUUCGAUGUAAAUAUGGGUCAGCCGAUAUGAAGUUUGCUUCGUGCCAUGUAAGGACAGUGAUCUACAGGAAUAACCACUGGAUGUUUUGUUGUGGCGGGAAGAGAACAAAUGGAACGGGUUUGGAAAAAAUAUAAAAACAAAGGAAUAAAAAGUAGUUUUUAUCGUUCUGUUGUUAGACGCAAUUAAACAUGAUUGCACUAGUUUUCCUUUAGUCUGAGUAGUUUGAGGUGUGCCGUGUUCAAGGAGUGUGUCCUGUUUCACGAGUAUGUUCCUUGUUUAAGCACAUGUUCAGGUCAAAUAAUAAAAGGUAUUCUUUGCUAACGUGCAGAUUGCCCAGAGGUGUGUAAUAUGUAUUUUUUUUUUUUUUAGCUUUAAUUUUGCAGAUGUUUUUCUAUAAAACACAUUUUUAAGCAAGUCGGUCUGUGCGUGAUCAAAAGAUUAUGGAGUACAAGAUACUGAUGUAGUAUAUUUAAUAAAAAUCUCUC